ACACGAGCUCUCGGCUGGCAAGUCAAGUGUCAGUAAUUUCAGUGUUCAGUUGGUUGUGUGAUUUCGUCGAGCGUAUACGUAAGCAAUCCUACUGCAGUAAUCGUAUAGCACAAUCUUCCUCGGCAAACCUAAACUAGCUUUUGUUGUUGGUAAUUACCUUAUGUAACAAUGACGAGGGAGCAUCCUAUUACCGCGGUUUAUCUACAAGCCUGCGUGAUAGCAGUCUUAGUGAAUGGUAUGAGUGCUCAGCACAGCGUUUCUACUGGAAGUAGUCCCGUGAUAUCUUGCUUUAUCGAGGGCUGGUCAGUGCUCAGGCCUGUUGGUGCUGGCAAGUUCAGUUUGGAUGACAUCGACCCCAGCCUCUGCACCCACCUGGUCUUCCUCUUUGCUGGUCUCGACGACGACAGAUCAACCAUUUCUCUAGAAGCUGAAUACGACACUGAAGGAGCGUUCAGACAACUUGUUGCCAUAAAAGCACGCGUCCCCUCGCUGCACGUCACCGUGGCCAUUGGAGGAUGGACGGAAGGCUCUGAAGGAUUUUCUAAGAUGGCUUCAUCUCAACGCACUAGAAAAACCUUCAUCGACUCGGUUUUAGAAAAUUUGAAGCGCUACAAAUUGGAUGGCUUGGAUAUCUUCUGGCAAAACCCAGCUCAAAAAAUUCAAAAAGGUCGCCCGGAAGACAAGCGAAACUAUGUUACUUUAGUUAAGGAACUGAAAGAGGCUCUCAGGCCCGAAGGAUUCUCCCUGACCGUGGCGGUGAUGUCUCUCAAGAGCGUAAUCGACGAUGGCUACGAUCUCCCAGGUCUCGCCGAGCACGUUGAUUUUAUGUACCUGCUUACCUACGAUUAUCACGGGAAGUGGGAAAGAAUUACCGGCCUCAAUGCUCCACUCUACCCUCGAUCGGGGGAAACGGGCCUGGCUCGAACUAAUAAUGUCAACUUCACGGUAUCGUACGCACUGGAGAUGGGAGUGCCCGCCGAAAAAAUCAUACUUGGACUUGCGCUUUUCGGUCGGACUUUCUUCUUGGCGGACAGCAGGAAUCAUCGAGUUGGUGCUGCUGCUCUGGAAGGAGACCCUUCGUCGGGCGACGGACUCCUCUCAUACUUGGAGAUCUGCAAGCGAAUAGAGUCGGAAGGAAUAGUUUGGUCUAUCGCCCGUGAACAGGAGCAGCGAGCACCGUACAUCUACGGUGGCACGGAGUGGAUCGGCUAUGACGACUCACUGUCUCUUACUGAGAAAAUAGACCUGGCCAAGAGGCUGCGCCUGCGCGGAGUGAGUGCGUUCGCCAUAUCCACGGACGACUUCAAAGGCGAAUGCCUGGCGGGCAAGUAUCCGCUCCUCAGGACGAUCAACGCUGAGAUGCGGGAUUAUAGCAUCGAACUUAAUCAACCACAAAGGCCUGUGGUGGUAGCGUGCUUCUACCAAAGCUGGUCAGUGUACCGGGAAUCUCUGGGCAAGUUCCAAAUAUCCGACAUCGACCCCAGCCUCUGCACUCACAUUAUCUUCAGCUUCGUUGGACUUGACGAGUCCAACCUUACAAUCGUCGAUCUUGAUCCUUACUACGUGCAGCGGGGAGCCUACGACGAAUUGCGUCAGCUUAGAACCCUGAAUCCCAACAUCGUAAUUACGGUGGCCGUGGGGGGUUACGACGAAGGUUCUAAAAAGUUCUCCAGGAUGGUGGCGACAGCGGAAAACAGAAAAAAAUUCAUUUCAUCAGUACUAGAUUUUUUGCGACGAACUUUGCUGGACGGCAUUGAUCUGGCAUGGAUGGACCCCACCUUCCGUGAGGGCAAGCCUGAGGACAGAGAAAACUUCGCCCUCCUCGUGCAGGAACUUUCAGAGGCUUUUGCACCCCCUGGUUACCACCUAGGCGUUACUGUCAGUGGAAGAAGCUCCACUUUAAGGCAGGGAUACGACCUUUCUGUCAUAGGAAAGGCUGCAGACGUGGUGCAUAUCCUUGUCUACAACUUCCACGGCAGCUGGGAAGACCAGACCGGGCACACAUCUCCUCUCUUCCCCAGUGAUGAGGAGAGAGUGCAAUCUAACGAUGCCGCCACGUUUAACAUGGACUCGGCCUUGCGCGCAGUGUUGGCAGGCGGAGUGCCAACUCACAAGAUAGCAGUGAGCCUCCCCUUAUUCUCCAACACCUUCAUACUGCGAGACAACACACAGAACUACUACGGAGCCCCUACCUUAAAAACGGGCUUCCAAGGACCCUACACCAAGGUUAUCGGCUACGUUGGAUACAAUGAGAUAUGCGAGAUGCAGCUUGAACAAGACAGACGCCAACAACAGAACCAAUACGUUGUUAGAGGCUGGACGAUUGACUGGCAUGAGCAGCAUCGAGUGCCGUACAUGUACAAAGACGAUAAGUGGGCCGGCUUUGACAACGUCACAACUAUUGAGGAAAGGGUUCGACUUGCGCUCAGCCACGGCGUGACCGGUAUUAGCGUGUGGUCGGUGGACACGGACGACUUCAGAGGCGUGUGUGGCACCGGCAAAUACCCGCUUCUCAGCGCCAUCAACCGCGUGCUGAAGGAGAACAAGAUACCUGAUAAACAAAGGCCCGACAUGGUGCCUUCAUCGACCACAGAGAGGAAUGUACCGACGAUGCCGAGGCCUGUCUCUGGAUGUAGCGUCGCCGCCACGAGUAAUGUGAGCGUGGCUGUUCUAUCCUGCGGAUCACUGAAUGAUGACCCAGCACAAUGUGAUGCUGGCGACACCGUCCCGCCUCAAACCGUCGUGCUGGCCACGUGCUGGGAGACUGCAGACAUGACUGUCAGAUGUCACGAUGACGGAUUCUGGAAGCCCUUCAUACAGGAGGAUGGAUGGCUUGAAAAGAAGAUGGCCAUUCUAUGUCAGCCAUACUACCUCAAUUCUGAAGUCUGCGGUCGCCGUACGCGCUACGCCAGCACAGGCGCGGUGCUCAACACCCAAGACUUCGAUAGACCGCGCAACCGCUGGCCGUGGGUGGCGAGUCUGCUACGUGACGACGCCCACGCCUGCACGGCCACUGUCAUCACCCCCGUGUACCUGCUGACGGCCGCCCACUGUGUCACCAGGACCCCGGAAACCAGCACUGAAGCCAUAGAGACGACGCGUCUCAAGGUUGAGGUUGGAGCCGCUCACUCCAGGCUAAAGGUGAAAGAAAUUCGCCUGCAUCCCUCGUACCAGACCGGCCGCAGCCCCCGCAACGACAUCGCGCUCGUGGAGCUCCAGACGCCUCUGGUGUACAGCGCGGAGCUCUAUCCCGCCUGCGUGGCGGACGCCCAGCUCAACGCCCGCGUCGAUGCCGUCGCAUUCAAUCGCAGCUUCGGAAAGCCUACUUUCGAGUUCGAGGUCGUGGGGAUGAAAGUGUCGCCCGAGUGUCGGGCGCAGGUCAACGAGUGUCCUACACUGCAGCUCUCCGAGUCGCAGUUCUGCGCCGAGGGCAGAGGCGGUGGCUCAGUUCUGCUUGUGGGAGGCUCGUCAGGAGGACCGUUCUUGCAGAACCUCGUCAACGAAAGCGUCACAGAAGCGUGGACGGUGUCGGGCGUGACGUCCUCGUCGUCCCGGACCGUGGACUGCUCCGUCCCUGUCUUCACAAACGUCCAUUUGUUCUCUGACUGGCUCAAGGAUUCAGUCCUCGAGUUUAUGUCCAAGCUCACACUUCCGUGAACGAAGAUUUGUUCGAAGAGGGCUGGAGUUAAUUAAGAGGAAUUUAUUCUCCUAUUAAUUUGAAAUAUUAGUACUUAUGCUACAUUUUUUUCGUAGAUAUUGUUCCCUCUUACUACUAAGUACUACCUCUAGUAGUUUUAAUUCUGAUAGUAUUAACGCUCCUGUACUUCUUAUAUAGGAUGAUAUUCAAUCAGCGCUAGAGCGUGUAAGGGUGAUGUUGGAAUGUGUGAUAAGAUACGUAAAUGAUUGAUGAUUGGCCCAGGGAUGAUGACGGGACCAAAUACGGGGCAUUUAUCAGCAAUAAAUUUAAGGUUAUAUCUUUUCCUGAUAUGAUAAGAAAAUAAUUUUAAGGUGAUAUGUUAUAGUUGCUGAUUAACUGUUGUCUCGCAAUAAAUUUACCACUGACGAUCAUCUCUACUAUAAGUAAUAUGAUCUGCUUUUCAACGGUUUUGAAAUCGAUCAUGUUGCGCGAAAUUUAAUUUAUAAGCCAAAGUUUGUCAUCACGGAUUAUAGAUUACCGAGUGACGCACCAGCACGCGGUAUAGUAACCUAAUAAGCACCAGGACUAAAUAUCAAUUUCAAAUAUUAUAGCCACCUCUUGUUUAGCUACGAUGUGAAAUAUCUCUUUCAUUUGCUCCUUAAAUAUUAUAGAAGCUUUUAAUGAAAUCUGUGGCAACAGGUCUUGCCAAGGUCAUUCGGUCUUGUCAAGACCCAUAGGUCUGGCCAAGAUCCAGGUUAUUUACCGCACAACAUCUAAAAUUAUUUCUGGUAAAAUAACAAUCCUAGUUCGGGGCACUUCUACAAGUGCGAAAAAAUUUUCGGAAAUCAUAUAUUAGUUAUAUUUUUAGAGGGAUAUUGAGGCUAACAUUUCUUCUUACUUUAUAGUUACUAUCAGUCUAAUAUUCGACGUCAGAAUCGAGUAGAAAUCCUGAGCUAGAAAAUUAUUUUGAUUAGCCAAAACGUUUAUGCGAUUUAUAUCAAAGUAAAUAAAGCAUGUGCUUUUGUUUAUUGUUUAAUUGUUUAGUGCUUUUAGUUGUU